GCCGCACACAAAGACGCCUUUUUUUCAUUAUAAUAAGGCCUUAUAUGUUUAUUUUCCACAUACUUCUGACUUUGCUCUGAGAUAAGACAGCUAGCCUAUUAUUUGAUUUCAAUUAAGUAGCCUAACGGCUCCUUUUCGUGCGCCUCAUUGUGAACAUGGAGUCUAGUUUGUGGAUUUCUUCUAAGUGUGAAGCUGUGAUGUAAUGUGUCUGCAGGUAUAAAUAUAGAGGCAUGGCUGAACCACGUCCAUGCAGAUCAAUGUCGCUUCGGCUCUGAGGCCAGUGCCACUGUCGGUCAGGGAAUGAGCGCAACUUCUAUACGAUCCAAUCUGUCGCGCCUCUUGUGUUUACUCCCGCUUCGCUGGCGAGGCAAACGCCGAGCGGCUGCAUUAAGAGCCAGACCCGGUAUGGGCUCUCAGGCGGCCCUGCGGACAGUCCUGGUCCUGGGCCUGGUGACCGGACUGGCAGGAUGCUCUCCCGGCCUCAACUUGACAGCGGACCGCUGGGAGGCCCUUUAUUCUCGGUCCUUGGCACGGAUCCCGGGGGAGAAACGUGACGAGAUAAGCCGGGACAGCGACUACCUCCUGGGCAUUAAAAGGUUGCGACGCCUCUAUUGCAACGUGGGGAUCGGCUUUCACGUUCAGGUGUUACCGGAUGGUAGAAUAACGGGAAUACACAACGAAAAUCGUUACAGUCUCCUGCAGAUCUCUCCGGUGGAGAGAGGUGUGGUGACUCUGCUGGGGAUUCGCAGCGGACUCUUUGUGGCCAUGAACCGACGGGGAAAGCUAUACGGAUCUCUACACUACAACAAUGAGUGUAAGUUCAGAGAGAAGCUUCUUGCCAACAACUACAAUGCCUAUGAGUCAGUGGCCUACCCGAGGAUGUUCAUCGGCCUGAGUAAGAAUGGUAAAACAAAAAGAGGAAACCGAGUGUCACCCGCCAUGACAGUGACACAUUUCUUGCCAAGAAUCUAGUGGCAAGAAAAAUAGACUUCACUUCAAUAUGAAGACAGAGAAAAGGGGAUGGGAGGUUCCGAACCGUGAUGCACUUUCACUUCAGACUUUAUGCAAGUGUAUCGUAUUUGAUCUUUUACUAUGUACAUAUAGAUUUUUUUUUAUUUAUGUGUAACAACUGUUUUGUAUUUUAUUCAUUUUAUAAUUUAUCAGAUAUUUGCUGCUACUGAAUGAAAUCCUGUUUGUCAAUAUUGGUUAUUGCUGCACAGAUGUGAAGAUUAUUUUAAGGUAUGUGAAAAGGACAUUUCUGAGCCACACACACAAAAAAAGGAAAAGAAUGGAAGUAUGAGUGGUUUUGGUGUAAGAAGUGGCACUGAUUGCCCAGUGCGUCAGUAACUUUGUGUGGCACCGGGUCUUAAUUGAAACAGUAUCAUCUUACUAGAAAGAGAGGCAGAGAGAGCACAGUUGGACCAGGGCUUUUUAUACAUCAGCUGAGGAUUGGGUGGGGUUGAACUUUGAACUAUUCUGCCAUAAAUCUCAGUCAGAUCUAUAAGUUGGCUAAUGGAAGAAUCUUCUUUGUCAUUGUAUAAGUGGGGACGUUGGCGGUUUAGAGACGAGGUCAUGGAGCUGAAAUUAAACAGAAGAACCUUAGCCUUGGCCGGAGAUAUUAGACUGUUGCUCAUGUGAGCAGUUCCUGAUUUGGAAGGUUAGAGAAAAAAAGUGAGCUUGCUAGUUUUGAAGAAGGACGACAUGAACUGGAACGCGUCCAAUAUUUUAUUGUGUCAAAAAUUGUCUUGAAAAGGUAAUUUGUCAUUUUUGCUUUUUUAAAAAAAGCAAAUUUAUGUUACUUUUGAAAGAAGGGAUAACAGUCUUAUGAAUGAAAAGCAAUAAGCAAUAAAAUGCAACCUAUCUCAGUUUGACAAACAGUCGCGGUAGCUGCUGUAAUAGCCACAGGGCCAUUUGUAGUGUGUUAGACGAGAAGUUUGAGGCCACUCUCUUGUCCUUACAGAAAAUUUGAGGGCUAGUUAUUUCCUUGUUUCCAAAGUGUAUUGGAGCCUAGAUAAACUAACUGUAGCGUUAUAUUGAACACUCAGACAUUAGGCUGAUUUCAAUCUGAAAAUCUCCUGAAAAUCAAUCUGACUUUCAGCAGAAAACAAACAUAAGUUUCUUAAAACACAAAAUGUUUCAUUUAAUAGUCUUUGCAUUCAGAAACAUCUUCAGUUUUUGCUUCUCUUUCUGUACAUCACUAUCAUCUGCUAAGUGUAUUUUCCCCUGCAGUCAUUUCCAUUGAGAAUACAAACUUUGAUACAGGUCUGGCAAGGCUUUUUCUGUAUUUUACCUUUUUUAACCCAGCACCUCUUUCAGAUUUUGGUGGCUUCCUGCAGCAGUAGCUGUCCUGCACUUGCUCAGUAUACUGUCCAUUUUUGCCACGCCUCAUCUUUCUUGCAUUUGUCUCUCUGAGUCCCUGUGGUUGACUGCAGCUGAGCUCUGGUGGCCAUGUUGUCCUAGUUGCGCCUUGUCACAUUCCGGCUAUCUUUAUCCUGUGAUUUACUUUUAGAAGGGAUAAUCAUGGGAGAAAUAUUUACAGACAGCUGUUGGACUUUACUAUAUGCUAGGGCCAGUAACCCUAUAUUUUUCAUAUAUUUUGUAAAUAUAACCUCUCUAUGAGGAGCUGGUAUUCCUUUCUGGGGAAGCAACAGUUUUAGAGCAACAGAGAUGGGCGCAAGUAGCUGUCUGAAGGCACGGGGUAGUUUUGACUUGCUCCUUUUGGUGCAAUCGAAAUGGAAUGAAUUGAAGUCAUUAGGAAUUAAAAAUACAGCAUUGGCAAAAAAAGAUCUGAAACAGGCCAUGCAUGGCCAUGUAUUAGAUGUUCUGUUUCCAUUUGCUCUUCUGUUUUCUUAUUCAGUCUUUUAGUUGAGAGGUUUGAAAUCUUUGUUUCGACAUUCCGCGUAUGAUGGCGCAUAUUGUAGCCAACCUGAUUCCUGCUCGGGUCUGAGUUGUGUUGUUUUCUCUGUUCAGGCAACGUGCAUUCAGUAGAAGUGAUGAUGCACUACAGAUCUCAGGCACACUUAAUACAUACACUAGCUCAGGCAAAUAUCAUGCAAAUAGUUUUUGUUGUGGCUUUAUACCCUGACUUUUGUAAACCAGCGUGGGUGAUUACACUGAUCCAAGCUCGGUGGGUUCAUUGUGAAAUUCAUGUCAGGACAUCAAAAUAUGUUCAAAAUGUCUUUUUGGUUCUGCAAGAACAUCUCCUGUUACAGCAUGGCCGUUUAAAUCCCUCCUCUAAUAUGUCAGCAGUGAUGCAUGCAGCUGGUGGGCUGGUGCUCACACCUGGACUUUGUGUUCUCUAGUAUCACUGUUUUGCAUGGUGGGUAUCAUGUUUACUGUGGAAUACCUUUCUGUCCUCUGUUACUGACCCAGAGCCAGCCCUCUACCUCUCCUGCUCAUUUGGUUAUCCAGCUACAGUUCCUAAGCCAACAGCCUGAGACUGGUGUAACCCACUUUCUUCUGCACCAAAGGGAGCAAAUGGUUCCCUGCAGGUUGACACAUGGACUCUCACAGACAGACUGCUGUAAACGGGUUGUGAAUUGAGGAUUUAAAGAUACAGUCUUUAUUCGUUAGCCAAGACCAACCAAAUUGCCCCAUUUAAUCUCAUGUUACUGCUAAACAGUUGACCCAAUAACAAAAAAUAAAGUUCACGCUUCCUCUAGGUCUUUGAGCUGCUUAUCACCACAAAACCACUGAUUUUAGUUGGAAUAGGUUGCAGUUUUCAGUUUUGCACUUCUAUAUUUUGCAGGUGAAACAGUGCCUGCAAAUACUAGUAAAUGGUUAGUAUGAGGACAGAAACACUGUUUUCAGCUGUGUUAUUAUUUCAGUGCUGUUUAUAUUUUAUUUCAGUGCCAUUGAACAUCCACGUGGCUUGAUCUUUUCAGAGUCAUCUGUAUCUCUGUAUGUUUGUUAAAACUCACAGAUCUAUAUGCUUGAAUUAAUAUUCUUUAAAGUGAUAACAUUGUCAGAAAGCUGAAUGGAAAUUGGAGAAUUUUUCAGCGGGUGGAGAAUUUCACACCCUGGGUGUGCUUCAUUUAAAUGACUGGAUUUUUUUCCCCCUAAUCUAUGAGGUAUAAACCAUUAAUAUACAUUUUCAAACUCUGCUGCCUGGAGGUGACAGUUAAGGGACAGUGGUGAUAUUAUACUCUUGUCUACUAUCUUGUAUUCUGAGUCCUGUGGUCUUACGACAGUAUCAAAUGUGUAUCUAUCAGUUGUCCUGUAGUUUUAUACAGGGCUUAAUAAAAUGCAACUCUGUAUGUGCUGAGCACACUGAAAAUAAUAAUAAUAAUGAUUAAAAAAA